AUGCAUACAAACAGGGACCGUAACGUCGCGCUUGUUUUUCGGCCUCAAGAUGUGACAAAGCACUGCGCUGGCGUGGAGGCAAUUUUGAUUCCUUCAAUUCCCAACCACAAGGUCCUGUUUACUGCAUCUAGGGACUCUACGGUGAAGAGAUGGGACGUAGCGGGCCCGGAGCCAGCGCUGGAAGCCAGCUUCGAAGGCCACGCUGACUGGGUCAACGACCUUGCCCUCAUCGGGAACCUCCUCAUCACCUGCUCGAAUGAUCACACCGUCCGGUUAUGGAGGGCUGGCUCAGAAAGUGGUCAUUUGCUUCACACUCUAGCAGCCCACUCCGAUUACGUCACUCGCUUAGCUGCUGCCCCGGAGUGCCGCUUGGUGGUGUCGGCGGGGCUACGUGGCGAAGUCUUCAGCUACGACGUGGAGAGGGGCCUCCACACACAGCUCCAUCUGCGAGGCGCCCAUAGCGGCUGUGAGGACGGGGCGGCGGAGGGGGAGACUGCUUCCUGGCGGUCAUUAUUCCCGUUGGGGUCUAAGGUGCGUGAGGAGGCUUGCUCCGUGUACUCCCUGGCGCUCAGCCCCUCCGCCGGGCUGCUGGCGGCCGGGACCUCGGAGUCGCUGGUGCGGCUGCUUGACCCGCGGACCGGGGGCGGUGUGUGCAAGCUGAGAGGGCACAAGGAUGUGGUCCGGGCUCUGGCGGUGAACAGCUGCGGCACUAAGUUGCUGAGUGGGGCCUCAGAUGGGACCAUUAAGUUGUGGGAUGUGGGCAUGCGGCGCUGCGUACAGACCUUCCAAGUGCAUGCCGAUUCGGUGUGGGCGUUGCUUUCACCUGAUGACUCAUUGUCGUACGUGUACAGCGCCGGCCGUGACCGCGCCCUCUUCCGUACCAACACGCAAACAUGCUUCAGCGAGCUCCUUGCGCUGGAGAAUGGCCCUGUGUGUGCCCUGGCAGUAGAUCCCGACGCUCGACCCGCGCCUGCAGCCCUGCGUAUCUCCCAUGAGCUGGCCGCGGGCUUGGGGCCGCUUGUACGGCAGCCCCUGGUAACGAUACCGGGAAUUCCAGCCAUUGCGGAGCAUCAUGUUCUCGCAGACCAACGGCGGGUGCUGACCAGGGACGUUCAGGGCAACGUGGCAUUGUGGGAUGUACUGCUGGGUACGGAGAUGGUGCUAUACGGCAAGGCGGAUUUCGACGCCAAGCGCCGGGAGCUUUCAGAUCAGCGCUCGGUCCCACCCUGGUUUACAUGCGAUCACAGACUUGGCUGUCUUUGCAUCACCUUGUCGCCCUCCACGGCUUUCAAUGCGGAGGAGUACGGCGUCGAUGUUGGUUUCGGAGAUGUGGCGGAACACGUCAAGGUCAACCACGGCAAGCUGGUCCUGGAAUGCGUUUUCGCCAAAUGGCGGCAUAUGCGGGUGCAAAGGAUAAUGCAAAGCAGUCGCUGCUGUAUCAGCCCCGGCGGCAGCAGCGCCGGCAGCGCUGGUACGGCGCGUGGCGGGUUGGCAACCCAAGAUGGUUCCGGAGGCCGAUCCGUCUGUUGCGGGGGCGACAAUGACGGCUACUGUGGAGGCGAGGGCAUUGAUGAGCGAGUGUGGUAUUACCGGCAGCCGUGGCCCAAAUAUUGGCAAAUAGGAACGGUACCUGCAGUUAUCUGCUCGCGGUCGGAUGGGCAGCGCUGGCGGCUGUUGUUGACGUCCUUCGACGGCUCCGAAACCGAACCCGAUGACGUACCCACCUGGGUGGCUGAUGUCGUACUACGGAGCAAUAGCCUGGCUCCUCUGCUGUCCAAGAUCACAUUUUACUUGCUGCCCGUUAAGGGAUCCAACUUGCCCACCCUAUCCAUCACGCGGCUUCAAGCCUCGCAUCUGCUGGAGUUCUUGGCCGCCGUCCAGAUGCGUCUGUGUUUUUAUCGUGCACGUGCGCAUGCGCAGUGCGAGGAACUGCCCGGUCAAUUAGGUUUGACUCGUUCUGCAUUUUGGUGUCGUGGCUUUCAGGUUCGCAAGGUGGCCGAAUACUGCUGCGACAAAUUGCGGGAGCAUGGAAUCCACCUGGAAGCCCUCUCAGCGACACCUAAAGAACGCAUUCCGUUAUCUCCGUUGCGAGUCAGCGUGGCCGCCGGGGGGCAGUUGUACGUGUCGUACCGCGCUUUGGAGCUGACCUGUAAUGGCCUGGCUGUACCGUACGACAUGAACCUCGCAGCGGUCAAGAAGUUCCUGUGGCUCGAGCAAGACGACCUUACCUUCCAUUACGGAGUUCGCGACCCAGCCCAUCCGGCUCCCCAGCCGUCGCAGUUGGUGCCCUCUGGCGGAUAG